UAGAGGGUUCUAUCCCACUCCAUCCUCCUUCCCCUUCUCUAAAAUUAUUAACCUAAAACAUGAGAAGGAGAUAUCUCCCCCUCCCUCCAUCCUCCUUCCCCUUCUCUAAAAUUAUUAACCUAAACAUGAGAAGGAGACAUCUCCCCUUCCUUUCCCUCCGAUUUCCCCAAUCCAAACGUCGGCUAAAUUCCGCGGGCACUUUAUUCGGUAGCUGUGGGCAGUGCCGCAGCGGUAGCUGUGGGCCCUCCGGUUCCGGCUGCGGCACUGCCCAAAUUUUGCAUGUCGACUGAAGACGUGUAGUGCCAGACUUCUACUAGGUGUACUCCACUGAUUAUGGCCGUCGAUUUGCCCUAACCAUCACCCGCCUAUAAAUUCGCCACCGGCGCUCUCUGGACAACCAUCAUCAGACGCUAAAAUGGCGGUGCAAUUGGAGCCGUGGAAUGACCUCACUGACAAGGUCGUCCUGGUCACGGGUGCCUCCUCCGGCUUAGGCCGCGAGUUCUCUCUCGACUUGGCCAAAGCCGGAUGCCGGAUAAUCGCAGCCGCUCGCCGCGUCGACCGGCUCAGGGAACUCUGUGAUGAGAUCAAUCGCCUCGCUUUUCACUCCUUCGAACCUGAGAGUACUGUCGGUCGCCGAGCUGUUGCUCUGGAGCUCGACGUCUGCGCUGACGGUGCCACCAUUGAGAGGUCCGUACAGCAGGCUUGGGACGCGUUUGGGAGGAUCGAUGCUUUGAUUAAUAAUGCUGGGGUUAGAGGUACUGUGAAGACACCUCUGGAAUUAUCUGAGGAGGAGUGGGAUCGUGUUUUCAAGACCAAUUUAAAAGGAUCAUGGUUGGUGGCAAAAUAUGUCUGCAUUCGAAUGCGAGAUGCAAAUCAAGGGGGAUCAGUGAUCAACAUUUCAUCCAUCACUGGCCUUGAUCGUGGGCAAUCACCAGGGGCUGUUGCCUAUGCUUCUGCAAAGGCAGGUGUAAACACCAUGACAAAGAUCAUGGCUUUGGAAUUGGGGGUGCAUAAAAUCAGAGUGAAUUCGAUAUCACCAGGAAUUUUCAAAUCAGAGAUCACAAAUGCUCUUAUGCAGAAAGACUGGUUGAAAAAUGUGGUUUUGAGGACUGCCCCUUUAAGAACAUAUGGCACCACUGAUCCAGCACUAACCUCGGUUAUCCGAUACCUAAUCCAUGAUUCUUCUGCAUAUGUGUCUGGCAACGUGUUCAUUGUUGAUGCUGGGACCACAUUGCCUGGCAUACCAAUUUUUUCUUCCCUUUAAACAUGUGUUGCACAAUUGUAACUGUUCAAGCAAAAAUUAAGUGUCAUGUUAACGGUUCUUGAAUAGUGUUUUGUGAAGUUCUUUUUAUGAAACUUGUAUUUUGAUCUUUUUAGUAUCAGUUGAAUGCAUCUUAUCCGUACGAUUCAGGCAACUUGCUGGUUGCUAUAAUGCGCUUGCAAUCCCUGAUGCCAAUGAGGCUUGGGUCUUCUGAUUAAAGAUGGGAUGAUGGGGUAUGUGAGAAGUAUACCUGUGGAUGAGAAGGGAAUUGUAUAUAUUUUUUUAUCAUGUAAGAAUGAAGGGAUUCCUUUGAA